UCUCCUUGCGUUGUUUAUAAAAACGGCCCCAAACGGUCCCAAAAAUGACCAUAACAUGCUUCGCCAAUUAAUAAACAGUUCCUGACUUUGAGGUAAAAAUUAUUCAAAUUUGAAUACCAAUUGCCGGAAAAUUCAGCAGAGCGCACAAGUUACAGGAAGAGGUCUUUGUUUGUUCUGCACCCAGACAGCACUUUGAUUGGUGCAUUAAUCCACAGCAAGCUUCAUUAGAAGGCUGGUGUUUUUGUCAGUCAAGUCAGUUGUCUCUACUGUCGACUCGAUUUGGCACCAAAUCUGCCAAGCACAACGCAUCCGUGAAAAGUAGCGAUGCACCGGUAAGCUGACGCACAAGUGAAGUGAAGCCGCCUUUUACAAGAUGAACAAUUCAACAUCCCAUCAUCACUUCAAUCUUGCAAACUCAACGAUUCAGAACGGAAGUAGAACUUCUACAGAUUCCUCUUACGGCAUCCCCACAUCCUUCGUCGUUGUCUUCUCGUUCUUGCUUGUUCUAUCGCUGCUUAUCAUCGCCACCAACUCUUCUGUGAUAUACUUCGUGGCGAGUAGGCGCUACCUCAAGACGUCUACUAAUAUUGCACUAGCAUCAUUGGCUGCCUCGGAUCUGCUGACAGGUCUUCUAGCCAUCCCACUUAUCGUAACCUGCAAUAUCCACCAUAAGGUUUGCCUGGCGAUGGAUAUCACGUCGCGCUUCAUUGCCUACUCGACUGUCCUACAUCUACUGGUAGUUACCCUCGAGCGGUACAUCAUGAUCGUGCACGCCAUGAAAUACAAGCUGUGGAUCACAAAGAAGAGAACCAGUAUUGUCCUGACAUCGGUAUGGGUCUUCUCUGCCGCCACAUCCUUUAUCCAGCUCUCCUGGGUCGAUUUGAAGAACCCCAAUGACCCCACAGAUAGCACGCUGAAGAAGGACCUGGUCUACGAUCUGAUCUGCUUCGCAGGUAUUGUGCUGAUGUCUCUAGUCCUGAUCGCAUUCGCAUUAAGUAGCGUCUUCCUUGUCUUGCGACGGCAAGCGAGAAACAUCAAGAAGCUGAAUAGCUCCGUGGAAAGAUCUUGCCGUACUAGGGCGAAGAGGAUCCAGUGCAAAGCGGCCAUCACCUUCGCAGGAAUGCUUCUCGCUUUCAUAAUCUGUUGGUUCACCUAUUUUUUGGAGGGCAUCAGAAACGACUUGCAGCUUGAGGCACUUAAAAAGCCUUUUUGGGCAGAUGUUGUCUUAGUGUUCAUGCGCUUUGCGACAGCCAUUGUCAACCCGCUUCUCUACGCACUGAUCAAGAAAGACUUCAAGCGAGUCAUCAGGCUUCCGUCUUUCAGCUUUGAUCGUUCCACUCCCCCAUUGCCACGCAAUGCUUUGAAUCCUGAGAACAAUGAGGCAGAGGACAGCGUGUAACGCGUCAGCAACCAAGGGAACUCGGACCGUGAAGAGAUCAAUCACCAUGAUAGCCAAGACAUCUACACAAAGACAGUAAUCACACGAAAAUACUGGACGAGAAAAACAACACAAAUACGGGUAAUACAGAGCAAGACAUGUCACCAACAACCAUGAUAGCCAAGACAUCUACACAAAGACAGUAACCACACGAAAAUACCGGACGAGAAAAAGAAAACACGGGUAAUACGUAGCAAGACAUUACAACACAGAGAGGGUUAAAAUAGCUUUAGUUGGAUUUUAAUGAAUUAUCACAAAAGUAGUACAUGCUAAAAAUCAUUAAUGACCUUAGUGGGUCCUAGUGGUUGUCUAUGAUCAGUGUCUUAAUGGGUCUUUGAUCAGUGUCAUAGUUCGUUGUUAGGAGGGGUUCUUGUUAUAAGGUACUGGUUGUGGGGGGAGAGGUGGUUAUUGUUGUAUGGUACUGGUCGUGUGGGGAGAGCUGGUUAUUGUUGUAUGCUACUGGUCCGUGUGGGGAGAGCUGGUUAUUGUUGUAUGGUAUUGGUCAUGAAGGGAGGGGUGGUUAUUGUUGUAUGGUACUGGUCAUGAAGGGAGGGGUGGUUAUUGUUGUAUGGUACUGGUUGUGGGGAAAGAGGUGGUUAUUGUUGUAAGGUACUGGUCGUGUGGGGAGAGGUGGUUAUUGUUGUAAGGUACUGGUUAUGGGGGGAGAGGUGGUUAUUUUUGUAAGGUAAUGGUCAUGAAGGGAGGGGUGGUUAUUGUUGUAUGGUACUGGUUGUGGGGAAAGAGGUGGUUAUUGUUGUAUGGUACUGGUUAUGGGGGGAGAGGUGGUUAUUGUUGUAAGGUACUGGUCGUGUGGGGUGAGGUGGUUAUUGUUGUAAGGUACUGGUUAUGGGGGGAGAGGUGGUUAUUGUUGUAAGGUAAUGGUCGUGUGGGGAGAGCUGGUUAUUGUUGUAAGGUACUGGUUAUGUGGGGAGAGGUGGUUAUUGUUGUAAGGUACUGGUUAUGGGGGGAGAGGUGGUUAUUGUUGUAAGGUACUGGUUAUGGGGGGAGAGGUGGUUAUUGUUGUAAGGUACUGGUUAUGGGGGGAGAGGUGGUUAUUGUUGUAUGGUACUGGUUAUGGGGGGAGAGGUGGUUAUUGUUGUAAGGUACUGGUCGUGGAGGGAAAGGUGGUUAUUGUUGUAUGGUACUGGUCGUGGAGGGAGGGGUGGUUAUUGUUGUAUGGUACUGGUUAUGGGGGGAGAGCUGGUUAUUGUUGUAAGGUACUGGUUGUGGGGGGAGAGUUCGUUAUUGUUGUGAGGGCUUUUUCAUGUUGCAAUGGGUGGUUGUAAGUUACUGGUUUAUGGUGGACGUUGGCUGUUCUAAUCAGGGCACUGGUCGGUGUUGUGAGUGUGUGUGUGGGGGGGGGAGGUAGUGAGCAGAUUUUGCUUUAAAGUGUUAAGUCCAAACUUAACUAGGUUAAAAAGCACUACUUUAAGGCGUUAUUAGUGUAGAAUACUUCUACUGUAGAAAAUAAAAUCUUAUUAUUCACGAA